CAAUUUGUCGAGAGCAGAGAAAUCCUCCGUGUUUGACUGGGCAGAGCCGCCCCUCCUGGUGCGAGCUGCGGAGAAGUUGGGCGAGGGAGGAAGGUGGAGGGAUGAGGAGGGAUGGCUGGAAGCAGCUGGGAAUGAGGCUGGAGAGCCCCGACGGCCCCGGGGAGAGGCUGCUGCUGCCAGGGCUGGAGCCAAGUGCGAAAUUCGGGGAAGAAAGGAGCCUUAAAUCCCCGCGCUCUGCGAAGGGGGAGCAAAUACCGUGUUAAUGGAUCAGGUUCUGGCGAAUAAAGAAGAAAAGAAGCUGUAAGCUCAGGAAGGCUCUUUUUUAUUAUAAGGAGGAGAACGUUCCUCAUCCUUUAGUUCCCUUGGAUCCGGAGUGAAUGACUUUAGAGCUACAGGAGUUUAAGCUCAUCGGAGGAAAACGGUGCUUUUAAUUUUUUUUUUUAAAUUUUUUUUUCUUUCCUUCCCGAAUAUUUUGCUGGGGAAAAGAUCUAGGAAACGAGAGCUGGAGCCAAGAGAAUCCGUGGAGAGCAAAUGAAACCUUUCCUAGGCUAGGAAGCGGUGGUCAGAAAUAACCCGAAUUUGCCUGAGCCGGGGGAAGGGGAGCACGGAGCGCAUCCAGCCCCGGCAGGCGGGAUGUAGGGAGCGGCGGUGGGACUGGCAGCGCCGAGCACAUUCCCAUGGCCGGGAAUCCAGCGCUGGGCUCCGCAUCACGUGCAUCGCCGGGCUCCGCUCCUGCUCCCGGCGUGCCGGAGAUGUGAAGACGUCCUUGGGAGGUCUCGGGUGCUCGGCGGCUCGGAUUGAAACAAAGCGAUCGGCCGAGGGAUCCGCCGGGAAUAGAAUCCGGGAUCGAGGAGCCUUCGGACAGCCGCGGGAGCUCGGGAAUCGUCCCCGCGGGACGAGGGGACGGCGGGGCAGGGAGAGCAUCCGUCCCUCUGCCGCUGCCGGCGGCUCCGGCACCCGGCGCGGCCCGCGGCUGGAUCCGGCGGGAUUUAACCCUCGGCUCCCGGCCGUCGGCCCGGCCCUGGAUUGUUCCUCGGCGCCGCUCCUGCCGCUCGGACCCCGCUGCUGCGGCGGCAGCGCGCCCCGGCAGGGAUGGCGUGGCACGGGCACGGCGGCGUGGCCGAGUUCCCCCCGCGGGCAGCGCGCCGAGGCAGCGGAUGCACCCCCGCCAUGAGCCACGGCAGCGGCCGGGAGCGGGGCCGGCGCCGGCGCUGGGUGUCCCUGCUGCAGAACCCGUCCCUGCUCUGCAGAGUAUGCUGCUUGGAGAUGACAAGCAAAAGGAAGCUGAUCGGGCGCCUGGUGCCGUGCCGGUGUUUCCGCGGCGAGGAGGAGAUCGUCUCCGUGCUGGAUUAUUCCCACUGUGGCCUGCAGCAGGUGCCAAAGGAGGUCUUCAACUUCGAGAGGACCCUGGAGGAGCUUUACCUUGAUGCCAACCAGAUCGAGGAGCUUCCCAAGCAACUGUUCAACUGCCAAGCCCUGCGGAAGCUGAGCAUCCCCGACAACGACCUGUCCAGCCUCCCCACGUCCAUCGCCAGCCUGGUCAACCUCCGCGAGCUCGACAUCAGCAAGAAUGGAAUCCAAGAUUUCCCAGAAAACAUUAAGUGUUGUAAGUGUUUAACGAUAAUCGAAGCCAGCGUCAACCCCGUGUCCAAGCUGCCAGAUGGCUUCACACAACUUCUAAAUUUGACCCAGCUCUAUCUAAACGAUGCCUUUUUGGAGUUUCUUCCAGCUAACUUUGGAAGACUUGUCAAAUUGCGAAUUUUGGAGUUAAGAGAAAACCACUUGAAAACUCUACCAAAGUCAAUGCACAAACUGACUCAGCUGGAGAGGCUCGAUCUGGGCAAUAAUGAGUUCUCUGAGCUGCCUGAGGUUCUUGAACAAAUCCAGAAUCUGAAGGAGUUGUGGAUGGACAAUAAUUCCUUGCAAGUGCUACCUGGGUCUAUAGGGAAGUUAAAACAGCUCGUGUACCUGGAUGUGUCCAAAAACAGGAUCGAGACGGUCGACCUGGACAUCUCGGGCUGUGAGGGGCUGGAGGAUCUCCUCCUCUCCUCCAACAUGCUGCAGCAGCUGCCAGAUUCCAUAGGAUUGUUGAAGAGACUGACAACCCUGAAAGUGGAUGACAACCAGCUCACCAUCCUGCCCAAUGCCAUCGGAAACUUGUCCCUGCUGGAGGAAUUUGACUGCAGCUGCAACGAGCUGGAGUCGCUGCCCUCCACCAUCGGGUACCUGCACAACCUGCGCACCCUGGCCGUGGACGAGAACUUCCUCCCGGAGCUGCCCAGAGAAAUUGGGAGCUGUAAGAACGUGACUGUGAUGUCCCUGCGCUCCAACAAACUGGAGUUUCUGCCUGAUGAGAUCGGCCAGAUGCAGAAGCUGAGGGUGUUAAAUCUGAGUGAUAACAGGCUGAAGAAUUUGCCCUUCACUUUCACCAAACUGAAAGAACUGGCAGCCUUGUGGCUUUCUGACAACCAGUCCAAGGCUCUGAUCCCGCUGCAGACCGAGGCGCACCCCGAGACCAAGCAGCGCGUGCUCACCAACUACAUGUUCCCCCAGCAGCCGCGCAGCGACGAAGAUUUCCAGUCAGACAGCGACAGUUUUAACCCCACUCUCUGGGAGGAGCAGAGGCAGCAGAGGAUGACUGUGGCCUUUGAGUUCGAGGACAAGAAGGAAGAGGAGGAGAAUCCGGGGAAAGUCAAGGUUGAGAUCAACCUCAAGCGUUACCCCACGCCCUACCCCGAGGACCUGAAGAACAUGGUGAAGUCUGUGCAGAACCUGGUGAGCAAACCCAGCCUGGGAGUGCGGCCCGAGAACACGGCCCCGGCCGCCAGCACCGACCCCACGGGCAAGGACAAGUACGAGCACAAGUGGCCCCUGACCCCCAAGGAGAUCUCUGUGGAGGAUGCCUUUGGACAUCCUGGCAGCGAGAUGAGGAUAGGGGAGCUCCGUCCUUCCAUGCCCGAGACGCCGCUCUACCCCCCCAAACUCGUCCUGCUGGGUAAAGACAAGAAAGAGUCGACAGAUGAGUCUGAAGCAGAUAAGAUCCAUUGUCUGAAUAACAGCGUUUCCUCAGGCACUUACUCAGACUAUUCCCCUUCCCAGGCUUCCUCAGGGUCCUCCAACGCGCACGUAAAAAUGGGCUCCCUGCAGACCACGGCUAAAGAAGCAGUGAAUAACUCUUUGUGGGGGAACAGGCUGGCCCAGUCGUUCCCACAGCCCCUGGAGACCAAGCCAUUGCUGAGCCAGCGGGAGGCGGCUCCGGCCGGGAACGUCCCGGCGCGCCCGGAGCGGCGCCCGCUGAGCGACGCCUUCGCCGACAGCUGGAACGACGGCUCCCACUACGACAACACGGGAUUCGUGGCCGAGGAGAGCGCGGCAGAGAACGCCGGCACCAACCCCCUGCUGAGCACCAAAUCCAGGAGCUCCUCCGCCCACGGGCGCCGGCCGCUGAUCCGGCAGGACAGGAUCGUGGGGAUCCCCCUGGAGCUGGAGCAGCCCGCGCUCAGAAACACACACGACUCUGAAGUGCCUCCUCCCAAUCCUUGGCAAAAUUGGACCAGAACUCCCAGUCCUUUUGAAGACAGGACAGCUUUUCCUUCCAAACUGGAAAGCACCCCCAACACCAGCCCUUUGCCCGAGCGGAAAGAUCACGUCAAGGAGUCUCCCGAAAUGACGAGCACUUUCACUCCAGGAAUUCCGUGGGAAUAUCACGACGCCAACGCUAACAGGAGCCUCACAAACGUCUAUUCCCACGUGCACUGUCGCCCAGACCCUUCCAAAAACGUCAUCUCCAUCAGCAAGAGCACGGAGCGGCUCUCCCCGAUGAUGAGGGAUUUAAAAACGAACAAGUUUAAGAAGUCGCAGAGCAUCGACGAGAUCGACAUCGGUGCGUACAAGGUGUACAACAUCCCCCUGGAAAACUAUGCAUCCGGGAACGACACCGUGGGCCCCCACGAGAGGGUGGACAAGCUGCUGGGCCCGGAGCACGGCGUGCUGAGCAUGUCCCGCAGCCAGUCCGUGCCCAUGCUGGACGACGAGCUGCUGACCUACGGCAGCGUCAAGGUGCAGCCACAGCACAAGGCGUCGGUCACCAAGAAGGUUUAUCAGUUCGACCAAAGCUUCAACCCCCAGGGCGCCGUGGAGCUCCCGGCCGACAAGCGGCUCCUGCCGCCCUUCCAGCUCAACGCCGAGUACCUGCCCCAGCCGGCCAAGAGCCUGCCCCAGGAGCUGGUGAGCCCGCGGGGCUACCGCGGCUACGCGCCCGUGGAGCCCAUGUUCUCCUUCUCGCAGCCCUCGGUCGGCGAGGAGCCGGCGGCCGCCCCGUUCCCCGGCCCGGCCGCGCGCCCCGGCUUCCUGCGCAGGGCGGAUUCGCUGGCCAGCUCGGGGGAGAUGUCGGUGUUCCGCAGGGUGGGCGAGCCCCAGGAGCUGCCCCCGGCGGACAGGUACGGCCGGGCCCCGUUCCGCGGCGCCCCGGAGCGCCAGGGCAGCAUGGCCAUGCCCGAGGCCCAGUUCCUCAAGCGCAACGGGCGCUACGAAGACGAGCACCCUUCCUACCAGGAAGUGAAAGCCCAGACUGGGAGCUUCCCAGUUAAAAACCUCACGCAAAGGAGGCCCCUGUCGGCACGAAGCUACAGCACAGAGAGCUACGGCACGGCCCAAACGCGGCCGGUCUCAGCGAGGCCCACCAUGGCAGCUCUGCUGGAAAAGAUUCCGUCAGACUAUAACUUGGGUAACUAUGGCGACAAGCCUUCCGAUAGCAGUGAUAUAAAGCCGAGGCCUCCCCCUGGGAAGGGAAAUGAGAGCUGUGCUAAAAUGCCCGCUGACUGGAGACAACAGCUACUUAGACAUAUAGAAGCUAGAAGGUUAGACAGGAGCGCUGCUUACAAACACCACACAGUUAGCCUUGGCAUGCUGCACUCUGGAGGGGUUUCAGCCAUGCAUGCCGGCCGAAGCAUGACUUUAAACUUGCAGCCUAAAUCUAAAUUUGAAAACCAAAUGCUUCAAGAGCUACCUCUACCGAAAACCCCGUCGCAGCAGAGCAGCCUCCUGGACAACGGGCAGGACGAGGUGGCCGUGGGCAGCCCCUGGAACCCCUACCCGCUGGGCCGGCGGGACGUGCCCCCCGACACCGUCACCAAGAAGGCAGGUAGCCACAUCCAGACGCUGAUGGGCUCGCAGAGCCUGCAGCACCGCAGCCGGGAGCAGCAGUACGAGGGCGGCAUGAACAAGGUGACCAUCCAGCAGUACCAGCCCCCCCUGCCCAUCCAGAUCCCGUCCUCGCAGGGCUCCCGGGCCCCCCAGCCCCAGCGGUGCCUCAUCCAGACCAAGGGCCAGCGCAGCACCGACGCCUACCAGGAGCAGUUUUGUGUGAGGAUAGAGAAGAAUCCUGGCCUUGGGUUUAGCAUCAGCGGUGGAAUAAGUGGACAAGGAAAUCCAUUCAAACCUUCCGAUAAGGGUAUCUUUGUUACUAGGGUUCAGCCUGACGGCCCUGCCUCCAGCCUGCUCCAGCCCGGAGACAAAAUCCUCCAGGCCAACGGACACAGCUUUGUGCACCUGGAACACGAGAAGGCUGUGCUCCUACUGAAGAGUUUCCAGAACACAGUAGACUUAGUUAUCCAACGUGAGCUUACUGUCUAAAUAUUUUUUUAUAAAUAGUAAAUAUGUCUAGCCAGAUCUAAUGUUCAAAAGGAUUUAUACAUAGGAAACCAAUUUUUUGCCAAUUGCUGGACCAAUGGCAAACAGUAGUGCCAAAUGUAUAAUACUCUAUGUUAGUACCAAUCAUCGGGAGAAAAUAUAAGAAUUAACUCUAUAAAUAUAUUGUUCAUGUGGCUCCGUAUUAGUUUUACUUGUCAGCCUCUGGCUGUGCAUUGGUGCGUUUUUUUAACCAAGUUCCUUCUUAAAAGUCAAUUUCAUAUGAUUUCAAAACACAGAAGCACAUACAAAUCCUUUAGGAAUUCUGCUGUCCAUCAGAAACACUGCCUCAAAGUUGUAUAUGCCUUUAUAAAGAUGAAAUAUAUUAACCUGUACUUCCCAUGAAAUAUUUCUAUCAUGUCGCAUACGAAAGUAUAGAGAAGAAAAUAUUUUCAUAAACACCUCAAAGAAAGUAUAUAUUAAAUUAAAUUUAAUAAUGUUCAUUUAUUUUCAAUGCAAAGAUAUUCUAUGCCUUAUGAAAAUACCUGUACAUAUGCCGUGUGUAUAGCUGGCUCCGUAGGGAUCAGGAACAAUUCACUACACAGGGUGAGAGACUUCUCCAGCUGUAACUCUGGGACCUCGGGACAAGGAGCCCUCGUGGGAAUGGGAUAGCUCUCUCUGGAAUGGGAUGGCUCCCUCUGGAAUGGGGGAGCUCCUUCUGGAAUGGGAUAGCUCCCUCUGGAAUGGGUAAACUGAUUCUGGAAUGUGUGAACUCCCUCUGGAAUGGGAUAGCUCCCUCUGGAAUGGGUAAACUGAUUCUGGAAUUUGUGAACUCCUUCUGGAAUGGGAUGGCUCCUUCUGGAAUGGGUGAGCUCCUUCUGGAAUGGGAUAGCUCCCUCUGGAAUGGGAUAGUUCCUUCUGGAAUGGGAUAGCUCCCUCUGGAAUGGGUGAGCUCCUUCUGGAAUGGGAUGGCUCCUUCUGGAAUGGGGGAGCUCCCUCUGGAAUGGGUAAACUGAUUCUGGAAUGGGUAAACUGAUUCUGGAAUGGGAUAGCUCCUUCUGGAAUGGGAUAGCUCCUUCUGGAAUGGGUGAGCUCCCUCUGGAAUGGGAUAGCUC